UAUCUCAUAAUAAUUAUUCUCUUUAAAUCCAAUUAUUUGCUUGGAGUUUUGAUCCUAUUUUGGAUUAGGUUUUAGUAAUUUAGAAGUAAAAAUAUAUAAAUUUAAUAAUGAAAGAUUUUGCUUUCUUUGUGAGAAAUUUUCAGAAUCUUGUUUGUUUUUUUCUGCCUUUGCUUGAGAAAAUUCCGGCCAAAUUGUUGCCGUCUCACAUUCAGAAUAUGGUUUCUUUGAUUUCUCGUACUGGCCGUCAUCUUCAACGUUAUGAUGGAGCCUGUCGCCUCGUUGUUGGGUGUAUUCCAUAUAGAUUUAAGAAAAGUAAUAAAUUAUCUUCCAUGGAUGAAACUAAUUGUGAAGAUAUAGAAGUUCUUGUCAUCAGUUCACAAAAGGGUCAAGCAAUGAUGUUCCCUAAGGGUGGAUGGGAAAUGGAUGAGUCAAUGAAAGAUGCGGCGCAACGUGAAACGCUAGAAGAAGCCGGUGUUAUUGGCAGAGUUGAAUGUGAAUUGGGUAAAUGGCAAUAUAUGAGCAAAAGGGGUAGCAUUCUGCACGAAGGCUAUAUGUUUCCUUUGCUUGUUCAGAAACAAUUAGAAUACUGGCCUGAAAAAAAUAUACGAAAGCGAAAAUGGGUCAGUGUCAAGGAAGCCAGAGAAGUUUGCCCCCAAUUGUGGAUGAUAGAAGCAUUAGACGAAUUAGUGAUGCGUCAAACGCAUUCUCCUCGACAACAGAAGGAAGAGCUAAAUGGUCAAUCAAACAUGUAAGCGGAUCAAACAUUGUUAAUAACGAGAUGAUCAAACAGACCUGUAAAUGGAACGAUGUUAGCGGCUAAGUGCUUCUGGUUUUGUUAAUUUCUAAGAAGAGUUGGAUUAGAAAUAUAUGUUAGAUGUACAGAUGUAAAAAUCACCUGUUCGUUAUGUACAGAUUUUGAUUCGUUGAUUCUUUUAUGUGCGCAAAUUCCGAUUAUUCGCUGCAUCGGAUGCAUGAAAAUUCUACAUUAGUAAAAUUACUAGUCGCUCGUCAAGUUGGGUGAAGUUGUAUCAUAUGUUGUGUAUUAACUUUUAAGUCAUAAUUGGAAUGUGGAAUUUGUGAA